CAUUGGAAAUAUGUAACGAACCAUUUUAAGAACUUCGGCUUAGACUUCGGCUUGCGUCGUCGUCGUCGUACCCAGAAUGCCGUGCAGAGUUCUCUAAGCCAAGAUGGCGGCAAGAUUGCUGCUCUUGCCUCUGGUUGUAACUUUAUUUUCUCAGUUGGUUCCCGCAAAAGAAGGCAAAUCUUUCGAUAAUUUCCUCAAGAGUGAUCACACCAAUAACUGGGCUGUGCUGGUGUGCACCUCCCGGUUUUGGUUCAACUAUCGGCAUGUAGCUAACGUUCUUUCCAUCUAUAGAAGUGUCAAGAGACUGGGAAUCCCUGACAGUCACAUUAUUGUUAUGCUGGCUGAUGACAUGGCUUGUAAUGCUCGGAAUCCAAGACCAGGAACAGUGUUCAAUAAUGCAAACCAGCACAUCAAUGUUUAUGGUGAUGAUAUUGAAGUGGAUUACAGAGGAUAUGAGGUAACAGUGGAGAAUUUUAUUAGAAUCUUGACAGGUCGCUUGCCACCCAGUGUGCCAAGGUCCAAGAGGUUGCUUUCAGAUGAGAGAAGCAAUAUUCUGGUCUAUAUGACAGGACAUGGUGGUGAUGGCUUUCUCAAGUUUCAAGAUGCUGAGGAGAUAACAAGUGUUGAGCUGGCAGAUGCCUUUGAACAAAUGUGGCAGAAAAGACGGUAUAAUGAGGUUUUCUUAAUUGUGGAUACUUGCCAAGCAUAUUCCAUGACUCAAAAACUGUACUCGCCAAACAUUCUUGCUGUUGGUAGCAGUUUAGUGGGAGAGGACUCCCUUUCUCAUCAUGAAGACCCAGCCAUUGGAGUGCAUGUGAUUGACAGAUAUACCUAUUACGUGCUUCAAUUUUUGGAAGGUGUCACUCCCAACAGCAAAGCCACUGUAGGAGAGUUAUUUAAAUAUACCAAACCAGCUUUGGUGAUAUCCACACCUGGAAUGAGGUCCGACUUAUUUAGAAGGGACCCUGCUAAAGUUCUGGUCACAGAUUUCUUUGGCAGUGUUCACAGUAUUGAGAUAUCAAACACCUCAGCUAUUGAUCUUCUGGAGGACACUCCAUGCAGACAAGAGCACUGUCCAACAUCACCAGUGCAGUCAAGUGCAAGUCAUCAAAUGUCAGACAAACGCACUUUGCAUGAACAGUUUCCAAAAGCAACAAAGAAGGAUGAUAAGGAAUGGCAGUUUUCAACUGAAUUCCUGCUGUCUGUGACUGUGUUCAUGGUUAUGGUUGGCUUGGCCUCAUUGAGAUGACUAAAUGACCUGGACAAAUAAACCACUCCAUGGCUAGAGGCUCAUUCCUGAAGAAGAUUCAAGUUCAACAUGCCCUACCUAAAGAGAAUGGAGCUCUAGACCUUUUAAGUUAAAAGUGCUCUUGGCAUGAAGUAAGAGGAGAGGACUGCUGUAAUAUUUAUGAGGAAAGCUAGAAGGAAAAAAAAAAAAA